AUGAGAACAAUUUCUCAACAAAUAUCUCCAGAAGACCAAGCCAGACCCCCACCUGACUACAAAGGACAGGAAAAGAGGAAGCUUAUACCACAAGAUAAAGGAGAAACACCAUCCAAAAAAGAAAUGAAAAGAACACGAGAAGACGAGAUGGAAGAUGCUGGAUUGCCUUAUGUGAGUGGAAGGAAUACGGUUCCACUUCGCAUGAUACGUGGUGAACAUCGCGAAAUUGAAGAAGAAAUCGCGAAUCGAAUUUUGUCGGAUAUUUCUGAAGAAGGUUCCAUAAGUGGUAGCUUAGCGAGUAUUGACGAUUUGGAGGGAGCAUUUGUGCCGAAGAGGGAAGAGGUAGGGUUAGAUUACUAUCAAUUUAUUUAG